AUGUGUAGGACCUUAAAUGGCUCAAUUGUUGAUCGUCUGCUCUAUGUUGGCAAUUUGCCAUUCGAUGUAACUCAAAGUACAGUGGGGGAUCUAUUUCCUGGUGCAUUACGUCUUAUUUUUCCUCCACUUAAGGAAAUUGAUCAAAGCGUCAAUACAGCCCGGUAUGUCUAUCUGGAGUAUGAAUCAGCUGAGGAAGUCACCAAAGCUGCCGAAAAGUACAAGGAUGUCGUUCUAAAUGAUGAAAAUCUUUUUGUCAUUAAGGCUCUUUGUAUCAAAAAGGAACGCUUCGGCGGAUUCUUAACAAAUCUCUCUCAAACUUUCCUAUUUUUCAUCCAAUGCUUUACUGGCUUCCUGUUUCUGCCCAAACCAUCUUUUGUCGUGUCGCAUUGGUUCUUUGGAACGGAUUACCUAUUUGCUGAAAUAAUGUUCCUUUCUGAGUCUCUUCAAGAAAACUUAUUUUUUGCGGGGAUAUCAUUGAAUAUGGAUAAGUUAUCAACAGACAGCAAGCAUAGAAAGGGUUGGGGCAUGGAGCUGGGCGCCCUGGACGAGGAAAGGAUUGAGAAAGAAGAAUUAGACAAACCUGACAACUCUUCUCAAAAAAUGGGAGGAAUGAGAUCUAACCGAGGGGCAUCUAGAGGUUCCUAUGAUUCGAGAAGGCCCAACUCCUCAAACUUAGGCCAGCAUCAAAGAUAUGGCAACGUGGGAAGUUAUAACAACUACGGCAGCAACGCUAUCCGACCAGGCUGGUCUGCAGGAAAUUAUUACGGUGCAUCUGGUUUUGCCAACCAUGGUUUCAUGAAUCAAGGAUAUUCACAAGGGUAUAAUGCUCAGCACGGAUCAUUUUAUGGAAACAAAAGAAAGGCUUCUGAUAAUUAUGGUGGGGAUUGGAAACGAGGCAGACCUUUCUGAGGCAGAUGUUAUCUUUCAAUCCAGUGAUUAACGCUCUACAAAAUGACUAUCACCAAACAGACAGUUAAUUUUUGCUCGCAUAUAUGUACGUACGUGUGUGUGUGUAUAUAUAUAUAUAUAUAUAUAUAUAUAUAUAUAUAUAUAUAUAUAUAUAUAUAUAUAUAUAUAUAUAUACAUACUAACAUAUUUGUGUGAACCUAUAUGUAUGUCAAUAUUUGAAUUAUGACAAUUUUUUUUAUGUACGAAGAAUUUUUAUGCAGGAAUAAAUUAAUAAUUAUAAUGA